AUGACGGAAGGAUUUGAAGAAUUAAAGGCAGCUUUAGAGAGUCAAAUUGAGAAUUUGCUGAACCGAAGAAGAUUGAGGCUGCAAUCAAGUGGGAACUUUUUUUCAGAUAGGGAGUGGACGCCUAGGGUAUUAUUUGCUUUGGUUUUAAGGAAAUAUAUAUACCAAGCUUUCCUCUGUGGAACCGACAGGAUUUUUAUUUCAGAUCACCAAACAUUCUUAGGGUUCUUUAAGUAUGAAAUUAUUGAUGAUAAAAUGACUAUAGACUACUAUAUCAUUGGUGAUCCAGAAACUGUGGAGCAUGGCAUUACUUUGAGGUCGGUAAUAGCCGGAUUUUUCUAUAAGCAUGAGGCUGAUGUGAUUGACACAAUGGGCAGGUUGAAGAAAACUUUUGAGGUGGCAAGAAGAACUAAAGAACUGGAUCCAUUUCUGAACGUUUUGCCUAAAAAAUCUUACGGAUCUUCAGGAAAAUUGUCAUAUAGUGGGGACAGUGGGGAUAGUGGGGUCUCAAGCAAGUUAGAUUUUUGGUAA